UUAAAAAAAAUUAAUUUUCCCCCUUCGCAGAGAACAAAUGUGGCAAUUUCACAUUAGAAGACCCGGCAUAAUGAAUUUACAAAUAAUUCCUUUUGGGAAGGGAAAUUGUGAAUUUACACGAGACAGGCGCUUAAUUUGUAAAUGUAUGCAUGGCCCAACAGAAUGUGAUUUAAAUAGACUACAAAAUUGUGCAAUUUCUUAUUUCCCCAAAAGACAUAUUGGUCUAGUUAUUUGUAUCCAAGGAUUGAAAAAUUUGGAGGAAGCUUACCAACGUUGCCUUUCUCGUCUAUCUCCCCGCACCCAGUUUAGACUGAAACAGUGUGCGCAAACACAAACGGGAGAGGUUUUAAAUUAUUAUUCUAUGUUGAAUACACAUAGGUAA